AGCCGUUCACAGAAAAUUCGAGGGACAUGGUUACGGCAGAAUAAUGGUUGCAGCAAUUUUGGGACCGUACCAGCUGCCUGAUUUCGAUGGGCUCGCUUCUUUUCCAUUGCAUGAUGCACUAAUAGGUGUCGAACUCAUCCUUAUCGUGCAGGCAGCACAAAGGAGGAAGACGAAGUAUGGACGUCGCCAAACGAGACGCGAGUGCGGGAGAAGUCUCGACAUUCAUUCAUAUCCAUCUUUCCAUGCCCUUUUUGAGUCAAGGCCGAUGAUCGCAUUGUAGGGAAGAGCACCGUGCCUGGAAUGAAACACGUCGAGCGGAGCUUUCAUCGGGUUCCAAGCGGCACGUGGGCGAAAUAUGGCCAGGACAUGCACCAUCCGAGUCGAGCGAUCACAAAGUCGCAAUGCUCCAUCGUGAACAAUGGGUUUCAGGGGGCUAAUGCAGGCCAAAGACCCGAAAAUCAUAUAAAGGCUCGACUUGCGAUAACCUCCCUCCAGUCCCCAAUCGACAAGUAUCUCAUCACUCACAAACAGCAAGAAUUUGAACGCCAUGACUACGUUUUCGGCGAGUGCUACUGCAUCUACCCCGAUGGAGGAUCUGCUAAUAGUGUUUCCGAGAGUUGCUGCGCCAGGACCGGUGGCAUAUGGGAAGGACCCGUCUACUGCGAUGUCGGAAGUGACUACACUUCGUUCAGCGCUUGCUGCGUCGACCCGAGCGAGAACCGCCAGAACUACCAUGACUCUUGCUACAAUCUCCCGCUCUAGGUAACGUUGCGCAUGACUUGGCGUUCUGUAUGUUGACUCACACACUGUUAGG